AUGUUAAGCAAAAUAUUUCCUGAAAUUAAGGAAAAGUCUUUAAGCGAGCGGGUUGAAUCUCGCGAUGCUUUUUUCUAUGUGGAUUGGUUUAUGUGGUCCUUCGGCUGGACAGAGCCCGAAAACAAAAGAUGGAACCUUGUAUACAAUAUAUGGUCUUAUUUUAUGAUUGUAUUUAUGCUUAUAAUACUACCAAUAUUAAUGUCCAUCGAGUACGUUAAGAGUUUCCACAGCUUUUCUGCUGGCGAGUUUCUCAGUUCCUUAGGGAUUGCGAUUAACAUGUAUGGAAGCUCCUUCAAGAGCGCUUUCACAUUGACUGGGUUCAAGAAAAGACAAGAGGCCAAAUUGUUAAAGAAGCUGGACAAGAGGUGCAUUCGGGAUGAGGAAAAGUUAACUGUUCGUCGUUACGUGGCUUUGGGAAACUUGGUCUUUGUUUCGUAUUUCAUUCUCUACAGCAGCUUUGUGAUCAUUAACUUUCCCUCUUAUUUACUGAAAGGACGUCAUGCCUGGCGAAUGUAUUUUCCCUUCAUCGAUUCCGAUGAGAAAUUUCUAAUUUCUAGCUUCGCAGAAGGUAUACUGAUGACCGAGUGCAUCUAUAUGGAUCAAUGCGCGGAUGUCUGUCCCAUUGUAUGUAUGCUGUUGGCGCGAUGUCAUAUAAACCUUCUUAAGGAGCGAUUGAGAAAUCUCCGAUCCGAGCAAGGAAAAAGUGCUGAUGAGUACAUGGAGGAGUUGACUGCCUGCAUCCAGGAUCAUCACUUGAUAUUGGACUAUGUCAACGAAGUGCGGUCCGCAGUAUCGGGAACCAUUUUUGUGCAGUUACUAUUGAUCGGUAUUGUUUUGGGCCUCUCGUUGAUCAACUUAAUGUUCUUUACAACUUUUUGGACGGGAGCUGGCACUUGCCUUUUUAUGUUGAGCGUGUCUAUGGAGACGUUUCCCUUUUGCUAUCUAUGCAAUAUGAUCAUCGAUGAUUGCCAGGAACUAGCCAACUGUCUAUUUCAUUCGAAUUGGACAUCAGCCGAUCGUCGAUAUAAGUCUGCGAUGGUCUACUUUCUUCACAACCUACAGCAGCCCAUUAUCAUUACGGCAGGAGGUGUGUUUCCUAUUUGCAUGCAAACUAAUUUAUCAAUGGUGAAGCUGGCCUUUUCUGUGGUUACGGUUAUAAAGCAGUUUAACUUGGCAGAAAAGUUUCAAUAA